UCAUGAUGCUUAUUGCUUCCCUUGUGUUCAUCAUUGACAGAAAUUCUUGCUCUACAUAAUUGACUUAUAGGCUUUUUGUACUGCCCAGUGAGGAAGGAUGGAUUGUAUGGUUGGAGUUUAAUAUAUUUGUCUGAGCUGAAUCUUUAGAAGCAGACUAAUCUUUAAUUUUGGUAAAAUGGUGGCUCUGUUAUUUUGGGUGACAUACUGAUGUAUAAGAAAGGAUGAGUUGUAGGCUUGGAAAUAUAUAUUUUUUGUGAAGUUCUACCAGGAAUCUUUCAAGUACCUUUUAACCUUUAAUUUUAGCGAAAUGAUGCUUCUGUUCUACCAGUUGCCCUCUAUAUCUCACACACACAUUUGUGGAGUUGUUCAGGAAGAUGGUGAAUCUGUGGCCAAGGUUGAUCUGAAAAUGGAAGAGCAACAGUUGGCAAUAGAAAUGACUCAACUGGCACGGAUUUCCCUAAGAAACCUGGUUUCGAUCUAUUCCUUGAUGCUAGUGGACCGUCCAAGUCAUUAACACCAGAGGUCAACCUAAAAGCGAAAAGCAUGAAUCUUCUGUAUAUACUACUGUUCCUGUCUACCACCAAAAUAGCUAUGAAGAUAAAAUUGAUAUUCACUAAAUUGUGGAUUUCAUUUUUGAGGUUACCACUUCCACUUGAUGUAUAUAAGGAGGUUUUAAUCUCGCUCCAUCUGGCCGUUAUUCCUCAGCUGUCUAAUCCCAACAUGUUUUGUGAUUUCUUGACGAGAUCAUACGACGUUGGUGUAGUUGUCAGUGUCAUGGCUCUCAACAGUCUCUUUAUCCUCAUGCUGCAACAUGGCCAAGAAUACCCCUACUUCCAUGAAAAGCUGCUUGUUUCCUGCUUAAAAUCACCCCUCCUUCCAGCAUACUUGGCUGCUGCUUUUCCUAAGAAACUGAGUCGACUAGCAUUCUCUGCGCUUCCAGCUGGGGCACUGGUUAUUAUUGCUCCUAUCCGCGAUCUCUUACAACAGCAUCCUUCAAUCAACUGUUUGGUGCACAGAGAAGAUGGUGAAUCUGAGGCGAAGGGUGAUCUGAAAAUGGAAGAGGAGAUAGUUGGCAAUCGAAAUGACUCAACUGGCACAGAUUUGCAUAAGAAACCCGGUUUUGAUCAUUUCCAUGAUGCUAGUGGAUCGUCCAAGUCAUUAACACCAGAGUUUGACCUAAAAGCAAAAAGCAUGAAUUUUCUGUAUAAAUUACUGGUACCGUCUCUGACCAAAAUAGCUAUGAAGAUAAAAUUGAUGUUCACUAAAUUGUGGAUUUCAUUUUUGAGGUUGCCACUUCCACUCAAUUUAUAUAAGGAGGUUAUGGUCUCACUCCAUCAGGCAGUUAUUCCUCAGCUGUCUAAUCCCAUCAUGUUUUGUGAUUUCUUGACGAGAUCAUACGAAAUUGGUGGAGUUGUCAGUGUUAUGGGUCUCAGCAGUGUCUUCAUCCUCGUGAUGCAACAUGGCCUAGAAUACCGCUCCUUCUUUGAAAAGGUGCUUGGUUCCUGCUUAAAAUCAACCCUCAUUCCGACAUUCUUGGCUGCCGCUUUUGCCAAGAAACUGAGUGGACUAGCACUCUCUGUGCUUCGACUAGGGGCACUGGUUAUUUUUGUACCUAUCUACAGUCUCUUUCAACAGCAUUCUUCAAUCAAUUGUUUGGUGCACAGGGUGUCUAGUAAAAGAAUCGCAACCAGGAGUCUUUUACAAUCCCUCCUCCUCCUCCUCGUCCUCCGGGUCCCCCGUGCUGUCGGCGAGAAUGGCACAGCUUCGUACUAUAGUCCUCCCUACCAACGGACGGAGUGCUACGGCGAGGGCUCCUCGCAGUUCCCUGUGAGCAACCUGUUCGCAGCCGUGGGCGAUGGACUAUGGGACAUGGGGGCAGCUUGCGGCAGGGAGUACGAGUUGCGGUGCAUCAGCGAUGCGCAGUCUGGCCCUGGAGGCUGCAAACCCGGCGCUGGCAAUAUCCGGGUCAAGGUCGUUGACUAUGCCCUCUCAGUUGAGUCCUCCGCCGUGGCCCCCAGGCAGUCCGUAACGGGCGCUGAUUUGGUGCUGUCUCAGCGCGCAUUUGAAGAGAUUGCCAAUCCGUCCGUGGAUUCGAUCAGAGUGGAGUUUAAACGUUUAUAGCAGUCGAUGGUGGCGGGCCUGGCGGCUGGGGGGCAAAGAGAGGGUGCCUCACGGGUUUUGAGGGGUGGGGAGGUGUAGUGAGGUGCCUGGUAGUGCCGAUCCCUGACUCCGAUGAUAUUAUAGGUCUUUUGGUCUUAAAUUAUUUACUUUCCUUUUUCCUUAGUUUUUCUACAUUUAUAUAGGAUCUACUUAUCAUAAUUAAAAGUUUCGUAUGUUUAGUUUUUGUUUAUUGUAGAUUUUCUUUGUACAUU